CCAUGUUUCUCACUGUCCCAUUUUACUCAUUAAGCCAUUUUCCUUUUGCUUCAAUAAGUUUCAGAAAGCUUGAGAGUUUGUGGAAAACCAAACAUGGAAAGCUUGCGCUUCCUGCUUCUUUUCCUAUGCUCUUCUAUGGCAUUGCCACUAGCCAUUUCUUCUGGUCAAGGAAGAAAGUUGUCCGCGCUAGUUCCCUCGGCUCCCCUUGUGCUGCAAUAUCACAAGGGGCCUCUUCUCACAGGCCCCGCUUCGAUCAACGUCUAUAUUCUCUGGUAUGGCAAAUUCACCCCCUCCCAGAAAGCCACCAUUACCGACUUUGUCUCGUCGUUGGGAGCACCCAACGCCAUUCCAAACCGGCAGCCAUCGGUUAGCAUCUGGUGGGCGACCACGCAACGCUACACCGACUCAACCCGGAAAGGCGUCUCCGGGACUGUAAAGAUUGGAGGGCAGGCCUCCGAUGGUUUGUAUUCCCUCGGCAAGAAUCUCAAGAGAAGCCAAAUUGCUCUUCUGGUGAAAGGGGCGUUGGCUAAACGAUUGUUUCCCUCGGACAAAAGAGGAAUUUAUCUCGUGCUCACUGCAGACGACGUUUUUGUGGAGAGAUUCUGCAUGAACUCGUGCGGUUUCCAUGACUCGGUUUCUGUUUCCAAGAGAAGUACGAUUUUGUUGGGAUGGGUUGGGAAUUCGGGAGUUCAAUGCCCGGGGCAAUGCGCGUGGCCUUUUGCGGCGCCUCUGUACGGCCCUCCCACGCCGCCUCUUAUUCCACCAAACGGAGAUGUGGGUGUGGAUGGAAUGAUUAUAAAUAUUGCGGCGGUUGUGGCGGGAACAGCUACAAAUCCGUUCAACAGUGGGUAUUACCAAGGGAGUGCACUGGCACCGCAGGAGGCAGUGACGGCGUGUAGUGGAAUAUUUGGAAAGGGAGCGUACCCGGGCUAUGCGGGAGAUUUGCUGGUGGACAAGAGAAGUAAAGCGAGCUUCAACGCUUAUGGUGUCAACAAUCGGGAGUUUCUAGUACCCGCAAUGUGGAAUCCCUCUACUCUUCAGUGUAAAACUUCUGUCGCGUAAAUUUUUUCAUGUCGAUACCGGUAAUUCCAUUAUUUCUUAAUCGCUACUGAGAAAGCCUUUAAAGAACUGUUUCUGCUGAAGGUCCGUUCAAUAUAUGUAGUCCAGUGUGCCUAAAUUGAGUGUAAGAAACGCUGCAAAAUAAUACCUCCAUAUUGGCAAUUUGAAGAGAUUUUAUU